UGUGGAAGUGGAAAGAAGAAAACACAAAACAUUAGACCACAAAACGAUUUUCCUGGCUAUUAUUCAAUAAUACAGAGACCGAAGUGUAUUAUAACCUCUUCCGUCGCGCUUCUAAAUCAAACCGUGUGGUCACCCGUAUCUCGGUCCCAAGUGGAGGUGGCAAUGCUGAAGAGCUACCGCGCGCGCGAUUCAAGUGCACGUGAAAGGAACGCCGUUCUAUAAUUUAAUAGCACUGCCCGCGUAGUGUUAUCUCUACCGAAAUCCGCGUGCUUUUUACAAAUGGUGCAAUUAUCAUGUUUUAUUUAAACCCAUAUAGAAUAGUGAACCAACCCAGAAUCGUUGCAGCUGGAAGCAUGCUAAUCGUUGCCAACUUCGUUUGAUUGGGAAAGGAAUUGAGUAUCAUACACAUAUACGAUUGUUUGUGUAGUUGUUUUGAUUGGCUCGAGUGGUGCCUUUCUGGCAAAGUGAAGUGAAGGAAAUCGGAAGAAGAAGAAACUGGAAGACGAAGAAGUACGUGCUUCCAUCAGCCGGAGGAAUAAAGUGGAAUUAAAUUAGGCGGAAGUGUGGUGAUAAAAGAAGAAACAAAAAGGAAUAAAGCAAAAGUGCAAAACCGAAGGCGAAUAAUAAAUCGCCGAAGAAAAGGAAAAAACGUGAACGGCAGCAGGAGUUGGUCCGGACAAAGUUUACGCAACCAUCAUGUCGGAGCACCAUCGAGGUGCUUGGGGAACCCGGGAGGACGCUGUCUGGUGGCCCGGGGGCAUUUCAUCGUCGGACCAGCAAACGAUCCAACACCAUCAGCAUCUACUUAAUCAACACCACCAGCAGCAGUUGGCCCAACAGCAGGCCCAGCUCCAACACCAGGUCGUACAGCAACAGCAGCAGCAGCAGCAACAACAACAACAACAGCAGGCCCACAGUAAUGACAAUGCCCGAAGCAAUAGUACAACGUCGACGUCCGCCACCCAGCAACUGUUUUCCUACAAAAUGGCCAACAGCUUUCAGAACCCGGUUACGACCAUAUCGGGCGUAACGGUGUCCACCUCCAAUUCCCCGUACGAUUACCGUCUCGGAAUGAGCACAGCAGGCGUCGUGUCACGACCCGGCGAUCCACCGACCAUGGCCAGUACGGCGCCGACGACCCAGUGGUGGUACCCCGGUGGACAGAACGCCCUCGACAACUCCCUGCAGCAACAGCAACAACAACAGCAGCAGCAGCAACAGCAACAACAGCAGCAGCAGCAGCAACAACAACAGCAACAUCAGGUACAACAACAGCAGCAGACGCAGCAGCAGCAGCAGCAACCGCAACAAGCCCGCAAUCAACAGACCUCCCAAUCGAAUCAAACACACGUGCAGGUGCAGAACAAUGCGGUUCAGAGCAAAAUUACCAACAACAGGCCCGUCAAGGACAAUAAACCGAGGGGGCGCAUGACAGCGUAUGCCUUUUUCGUACAAACCUGCCGCGAAGAGCACAAGAAGAAGCACCCGGAGGAGCAAGUUAUAUUCGCCGAGUUCUCGCGGAAGUGCGCAGAACGGUGGAAGGUGCUGAAGCAAAACAGCUCAUCUACGAUGUUGGACAAGGAGAAACAGCGCUUCCAUGAGAUGGCCGAGAAGGACAAGCAGCGGUACGAGCUGGAAAUGCAGAACUACGUUCCACCUAAGGGUACGGUGGUCGGCCGCGGCAAGAAACGGAAGGCAUUCAAGGACCCUAACGCACCGAAGCGAUCUCUGUCGGCGUUCUUCUGGUUCUGCCACGACGAACGGAACAACGUUAAGGCCCUGAAUCCGGAGUACGGCGUGGGAGAUAUUGCCAAGGAGCUGGGACGAAAGUGGUCCGACAUGGAACCAGAGGUCAAGUCCAAAUACGAGCAGAUGGCGGAGAAGGAUAAGGCGCGGUACGAGCAGGAAAUGACCGAGUACAAGCUGAAGUGCAAAAACGAACAGGGCGGUGGUGGUGGCACCCCGCUCAACCUCGGUGGACUGCAGCAAACCAGCCUCCAGAACCUGCCACAGCACGUACAGCAAGCGGCAGCGGCCCAACUGCAGGCGCAGGUCCAACAGCAGCUGGCGGCCCAGGCGGUGGCAGCGGCAGCCCAAGCGGCGGCGCACCACGCCGACGAUGACGAUGAUGACGUCGAUGAGGAUGAUAACGAGUAAAAUCAAGCUUUCGAUUUGUAUUAUAAAUAUUUUCUUACGAUGAUAUUAAGCAACCGACAACAACAACAACAACAACAACAAGAACAGCAACAGCAGCAGCAGCAACAACAGCAACAGCCACAACAACCGCAGGGAGGGGGACACUCUUCUCUGCUCACCAGUUUGAUCAAUCAUCGGCGACAGCAGCUGCAGCACCACAAGAAACCACCACCAGAGGAAGUAGAGCAAAAGCAUACGCAGAACAGCAACGGUGUCGAUGAGGAGGAGGAAGGGGAAGACGAUUCCGGCUCGGAACGGACGUCACCAUCGCCAUCGUCCAACUGAAACGCAACCACCAGCUCGCCCGGGGAAUGACCGGAUCCACUCUCGUUCGGUCAUUUGCCGGUGCUUGGGGUUUCGAUUCUGUUCCGGUGUGAGUGGGUAGGUGAGCGGGUCCGGAUUCCGCAGUCCGGAUGAGCUCUUAGGAAGGCAGGUUCUAGUAGGUGAAUUGGUAGCUCAAAAUACCAAACUUUCACUCGGUUGCAAACAUCUCAGACUACAGAGCAAAAAAAUAGCAGUUAGGAACUCACUUUAACGCAGAAUAACGUUUUUUCGAUACAAGGGACAGUUUCACCUUAUCAGAAUAAAUUUCACACCUUCACGACGCGGCAUUCAGACAGAUAUUCACAGUGACGACGACCAGCGAUGCCGUUGACGAUGUGAAAGUGGACAAUUGACGGUGAUAGGAAUCCCGGAACGGAAGAAAAAUCUUCGAGAAAACGCUUAAAUCAUAAGGACAUACAAAGCAACAGAAUUCGAAUAAAAUAAAAUGAAUCAUAACAGGAAAACACCCGGCGGAACAUCAUGAUCAUAUACCACAAUACCAACCAACCGAACAAGCAGCGAAGGAAAUAUUUCUCAAUACAAAGUGGGGAAAGAUUGAAAAUUACGAAAACAAAAACAAAAAUCGCAUCCAUCUCGAUGUGAGGAGAAAGAGAGUCUUCGGCACUGAAGAGAAUGAUGAUGUUGGUGAUGAACAGUUGAGAAUGAAUGGAAGAGAGAGGCUUCUAUCUGUAUAUUAUAUUGGAUUUUUGUCGUGUAAUAAGUGAGAAAGGGAGAACGAACAAGCGUUCGCGUACAAGUAGUUCUCAAUCGUCCAAAAAUUUGAUUUUGUUUUCUCUUAUUUUAUUUUGGUUUUUUGGAAUCUUUGCGUUGAUUGUGGGGCAUUUGAAGUUGUCGCCACAUAAUCAAUAGAAUGGAAAGAUCUCACCACUUCUUUGUCGUUGUUUUGUUGGAGAAAUGCAUUGCAUUUCUAAACAAACAUUUUUUUCAUUGCUGAUAAAUAACAGCACCGUGAUUUUUUCAAAUGAAAACUGUCGGUACUUCGAUGCUUUCGCCAACGAAAAACUAAAUCCCCAAACUCUUUUAUUCGCCAUUCGGAACAGUGAGCUGUUCUGCUUAUGCUGUGUGCUGCUGCGCCAUUGUGGUGACGUUCAAGAACGUUAAUCAAAAUAAUCCCCGUGAAUGAUCUUAUUUGUUUAUCAUCUACUCGUUUAAGGCUAAUCGUUUUUUUUUCCUGUCGCUGAAACACAUUUAUUUUUCUCCACAAACACCCGCCCUUCCACAUUUUGUACGUUGAUGUAGUUUUUAGGUGACCAACGCACUCACAAAUCUGCAGUUGCGCAUCAUUUUUUUUUUGUUUGUUAUCUUGGGGCGUUUCAUCUUGAGACGAUGCGUGCGUGAGUUGAGUGUACGUGCGUGCGAGUGUUGCGCGAUCAUUAAUCGGACAAAAAAUAAUGUACUAGAUUAGCGCCCAGAGAUUAGUUCAUUAGUUGAUAGAUUCGAAAGGGAAGGUAAGAAUCGUGAACAUAAAUACAUCUGGUUAGUAGAUUGUGAGAUCACGAUUAUGAUGUUGAUGAUGAAGAUAAUACGAGAGAAGUUAUUUCGUAGUGAAAACAAUAAUUAAGUAAAAAAGGAAAAACAUGAAAUCGCAAUUGAAAGUGGUUUUCGAUUUUUCUUUUUCAUAUUAAACAAAUCAUGAACUAUGAUUAGUUAUUAUUUUCCUGAGACGAGAAAUCUCUUAAAAAUAUAUUUUUGGACGAUUUAUUUUUGCUGAUAGAAUUUUCUUUAUUUUUUAUUAAUUACUGAAUACCUAAUGAUUAGAAUAAUGUUAAGUUAGUAGAGACCCUGAUAAGUUGAGAGUGGCGUGUGUGUGAAUGCGUUUGUGAGCAGAGAUUUUCGACGGAGCGAAAUCCACUGCAUGGCGAGUGAAGUAAAAACAAAAGAGGAUAAAAAAACAAAAAAGUAAGGGAAUUAUUUAGUAGUGUAAGAGUGCUAGCGAGAGACUUCCGGGUAGAACGGAAUGAGAAAUAGAAAAAAAAAUUGAACUUCUGAUGAAAAAAGACCGAAAGGUUAGAAUUACAACUAAAACGAAGGAGAAUAAGUGAAAUAAAUCGCAUUGAAUAAGAUACAAGUUUGAUCGUAAGUUUAGCUAACACGGACACACUUAUCUCUCAAUGUAAAUAUUAACGGCUGAAAAAGAAUAUCCUAGAAAUCAACAUCAGAAUUAACAGCAGAAACUCACAAUUACACACAACACACAUUAAAAGCAGUGGUAACCCAAUUGGGUUCCGGUCCGUAUAUAUAUUCGAAUGAAGCAAACCCAAAAUGCGUUACCCCGCCACAAUAUGAGUUCCCCAACGGGGGACUCUAUCCGACAUUUUUUUUUCUUUAAGAGUUUGACAGAUCGAAUGCUGGAAACAGAAAAUGAACAAAAUAUACUUAUAAAUAAUGGAAAACACGCAUUAUAAACAAAUUAUUACAAACAAAAAAGAAAAGUAAAUAAUUAACAAGUAAGUUUUAGUGAAAAUAAAAAUCCAGAUAAAUUAAAGCAAAAGUAAAAAUAGCGGGAUGUGGAGGAAGAUUCAGAUGUGAGUCGAAGCAAACACAAGGCAGAACACUCAGAUUCUUGCACUUCUCAAGCUAAGAACCGACAACAACAACAACCACAAGAGCAAGUUGAUGAUUCCCCAAAAGUAUUUAAAAAAGUACACACUCAAACAUACAAACAGAAACACACACCCCAUUCGUAAGUAAAAGAUGGCAAGAAAAGACAAAUCCACAGUUGUACUCUGCUGCAGAAAAAUGGUCGUUAUGACUGGACAUUCAUUUGAGAAACAAAUUUAGCGACCGGUAGAGGACUGAAUUGAACAGAAUAUAAAUUUACUGCUAUAAAUAGACUCCAGAACAUCAACUCGGUAGAAGAAUAAAAACAAAAGAAAACACACACAGACAAGAGAUACAAGAAACAAAUGGAAAGCAAGAAAUUCUAGAACGUUCGCUAGUAAAAAAAAGUCGAAGAAUACUACAUAAGAGAACAAAGCAAAAAACGAGAAAGACAAACGUAAAAAGAUUUAAAACUCAACAUAAAACUCACACACUCACACAAACACUUGAAACAAUAAGGUGACGAAACAUACAAACAAAAAAAAAACAAAAAGAAGAAGCAAAAAAAAACAAACGACAUCUCGAUCCCCUUCUUUUGUAUAUGUAAUACUGUACGUACGUUAAACACAUGUAAUUUUACUGAAGACAAAAUAAAAUGAAAUUAAUUGAAAAAAAAACUAAAA